AAGAAUAAAAAGAAAGAAGAAGAAGAGAAUUAAAAGUGGAAAAGGGAGAAGGGAAAGAAGGGAAGGCGUGGAAACAGCGUAAGCCACAGACAGCCGACAACACACAACGCCAAGCAGAAGCAGGAGCAAGCACAGCAACCUUCUUCUUGCUUCACUUUUCUAUUCAAUUUCCCUUUCCCCACUGUUCUUCAUCCAUGGCUUCUCCUGUGUUUACUCAUCUCUUCUUCUUCUUCGCUUGCAUCACUGUUUUCUCUUCCUUUGAAUUGGCCUUUUCUUCUCCAUCCUUCUGCCCCGGCGACCCCUAUUUCUUCCUUCAUGCUCUUCGAUCGCAGUGCCCUUCCUCCGCCACCCCCACCCCAUCUCUUCAGGUGAACGGAGAUUUCCUCGAUGGAAUUAUUUCCAACCAGCCGACCAGAAAUGUUGCUGUACUCUUUUAUGCCUCCUGGUGUCCCUUUUCCCUUGAGAUGCUUCCUGCAUUUGACACCCUCAAUUCAAUAUUUCCUGAAAUUGAACACUUGGUGAUUGAACAAUCUUCAGCAAUGCCAAGUGUCUUCUCAAGAUAUGGGAUUUAUAGCUUACCAUCUAUAUUAAUUCUAAACCAGACUUCAAGGGUGCAUUAUCGUGGUCCAAAAAAAAUUUCUUCCAUUGUUCAAUUCUAUCAGAGAAUAACAGGAAUGGAGCCAGUUGAACAUUAUGAUGUUUAUCAGCCGAUUAUUACCCAAGGAGGUGGUGCAAAACUAGUCAUCCAGUCAUUGAAAAGUUCAUCAUUUGAUAAAAUAGUGAAAAAGGAACCUUACUUGGUGUUCUCCAUGAUUUUCCUUUGUUUGAGAGUGGCACUGCUGAUUUUCCCAGAGAUGUCAUCUCGGCUAAGAGCAUACUGGGUCUCCCAUGCUCUCAAUUUGAACCUGCAAGUUUUCGGCGAGACGAGCCAGAUAAUGGGGCGCGUUCUUCAGAUAGUCGAUCUGAGAAGAGUUUGGGCCAAGUUAAGACUUAGCAAAACCAGAAGCUUCCACGAGAGUGCCCGGAAUGCCAGGGUUUGGGCAUCAUCUUUGGCCUCUGUUUCCUUGGGCAAGUCUUCAUCAACCAGCUCUACCUAGUUUUUGAUCAUAACCCAAUCUUGUAAAAAUUGAGAAUGGGGAAUCACAUAUCACAUGGAAUUUGGGUAACCUUGUCUCACUAACACGUCCUUAUAUAUCUUAUUAAUCUACGCAUAUGGCUGUCGGUUUUGUCCUUCAAUUGAGUUCUCUGUCUCGUGUUUCUCUUUUCCUUUUCAUUUCUUAAUACGUAGGGAGGAAAAAAACAGGCUUGUAAAUUUGAGAAUUGCUUCCCUUUGUUGUAUAUUGUCUUGGAAGAAAGAACAUCUCUACACAACACUAGUUACUGUAUGAACAUUCUUGUUAACAGCUCCAAAAUAUGUCUUCUGUAUAAUUAUUAUAAAGUUGGUCUGAUCUCAAUUCCCUUUCAUGGUGUUUCUGAAUUAGAGGUGUAAAAACUUGCUCCACUUUUUUUUUUUUUUUUUUUUAAAAAAAAAUCUUCCAAGGGAUUUACAUAAUCAUGGAAAACUAAUUGUAGAUAGGUUUGAAGAAUACCAUGUUCACAAGCAACUGUCACUAAAAUCUUUGGAAAUAUCCAGGAAGCUUUAUUCGAGUAGAACUUCACAUUCUCCAUGACAGUGAUGUAGAUAUUGAAGCUGGGCAGGACGUCAAUGUCGAUCUCUCAGUUCAUUCCCCACCGUGGACGCUUCCUUCUUCAACUUCCAUCCAAUAAUUCAAAUACCGCAGAGUUAAAUUGGAAGUUCUGAACAUUACUUUUCGGAAAAAUGGGUCUCGAAGAGUGGGAACUCCUCGAUUGCAAUGAAGACAUGGAUCAGAAGAUAGCUUCCAGUUUAGAUCGAUCAAUUGGCAGAGACGCAUUCGAUGAACACGAGAUCGGUGUGCAAGAUGAUGAGGACGCCGUUUCACAAGUUUCCGGCGCCAUGAAAAAGGACUCGCCUAGGUUUUCGAUCGCGGCGGAAUCAGAUGUGGAGGAGGAGGUAGAAGGCAAGGAGGACGUGAAUUCAGGAAAAAUGAAUACGGCGAUGGAGAAGAGAGGUUUGGCGGUACAAAAAUGGGGGAGAGCGGCCAUGUGCUCGUUCGGAAUUGCUGUGGCCGCUACAAUUUGCAGUGUGUUAUUGGGAAGCCAUGGGCACCAAGGUGGGGGAAGCAAUAAGCAGGAUCAGAAGAACCGAAUAAUCUGCCCUUGUGAAUAAGCCAGCGCCGCCAUGGUUGCAGGCCGAAGCAUGAAGCUGCAGAAACCUUCACCUUCGAAGAAUUCUUCUUCUUCUUCCUGUUUGAAUAUGAAAAUGAUAAGGGCAGUUUCCAUUAUUUCUCUCUCUCUGUUCAUAUCUUCGGUGGAGCAUUUGUAGUGAGUAAAUAUGAAAUCCUUGUUGAA